UGGAGAUGUAGAAAAUGGUAUGUUUCAGUCUUCAAACGAAUUAUAAUUGCAUUAUUCUGAAUAUGCAAUUUUAAUAGCGUAGCUCAGAAGUUGCAAAUUUGCAAUGGCGUGAUCAAUUAACCCAUAAUGUGAGCCAGAACUCUGCCGAUUAGACCAAGGCAGAGUGGUCAGGUGGAGCUGGGGCAGGGGUAGUCUCGUCAUUUAUUACCUCCAACUAGAAGAGCACGGGGGUAGUGAUUAUCUCGUGUUCUUCUCUACUCUCGGUCUCGCCUCUCUUCUCUUCGAACCUACGGAGACUGGAGAGAAAUCAAAUCAAACCCUAGCCCACGUGGUCUCCGCCCGGCGACUCCCGGAUCUCCGGCGAGGGUCCCCACGAUACGAUCCCUCCCGCGAGGCCGAAGCUCGAUUAGGGAUUUCCGCGGGCGAGGCGGCGGGUGUGGGUGAUUUGGGGGUGGAACAGGAGGGGAGGGGAUGGGGUCGUCGUCGAAGGUGGUGCGGCCGGAGGAUGUGCUGGAGUCGCUGAAGAACGACGGUAGCAUCGACGCGCUCCGCAUGAAGAUCAUCGCCCAGCUCAAAGCCAACGAGGAUAUGAAGAAAAACACUAUGAUGAUGGUGGAGCAAAGCAAGGUACUGAAUACCCCUGGAGCUGAGAAAAAGACCAAGAGGGAGUUGUUUGAUGCACUUCGACAAGAACUGGAGACUCCAGUCCUUGAGAAAGCUUCCAAGGCGGUUUGGGAGCUGAUACUUGACCAUGGCAGAUUAGGGAAAGAGAUAACUGAAACAGUUGAGAAAGUCUUCUGCCGACUCAGUGGAAUUGACAUGAUGCCACCUCCACCACCAGCAGCUGGUGCUCAUCAAGAGAAAGAUGACAUGGCUGUUGAUGAGGGUGAGAAGAGCAGGGAGAUGGAUUCCUUCGAACCAUCCUCAUCAAGGAAGAGACCCUUCAGCGACAUCAACCGGAAAGGAGCAGGUGCUGUAUCAAAUGGCAGUGCUACAGACCUGCAUGAUGAGUCCGAUGAUAGCGACCACAAGAUGUGAUGCUGGCCUUUGCUGUAACUUUAGUUCUUAGAGGCUGAAGUAGCUUUGGUGCUUGAAUGCUAAGAUGCUGAAAUGGGAUCCUGCAUAUUGAUGUACUUUACAAUCUAGGGCUGUAUGUUAUAUUGGUAAGUUGUACUUCCUGUUCAUACCAGUAAGUUCUGUAAGCAAUUGCUAUAGGAUGUUUCAGUUUUGAGAAAGCGGAUGUUCCUGUGUCUCUUCUUCUGAAUAUAGAACAAAUUAGUUGACUAA